AUGGCUUCUUGCUUCUUGCGAUGGAGUGGGGAGACGCUGGAGGAGUUCAUUCGCGGCGUGGAAGUUGAUGAUACCAAGGUUAACAACAAGCAACUAGAUACAGUUGCGUUCCUUGGGCGGUGGCCUUCUCCGAAAACUUUGAAAGACUUCAUGCAAAUGCGUCAUCUUGAGUGGGUCGUUCGGGUGGGCGGCAAAUGGGAUUUGGAGUCCAAGAUGGCCGGCGCCCAAGAGUCUGCUCACUGCAGCGACACUAGACAUGAAGAACCUCCGGUCGAGAAGUCUCCUGACGACAGCAGGGGCCAGGACGGUCUGGCUAUCGGCGAAGUCGAAGACACUGUUGAGAAGCAUGGUGUGAACGAAGUCCUCGAACCUGAAGAUAUUGCCCACGAUGUUCCCAUGGACGGGUUUACCGGAGAUCGACUAAUCCCUGAUCACUCAAAUGCGAAGGAGCCUCCUACAGAAGAUUUUGUUGCUAACGAAUCUUCAGCUGCAGUCUCGGGCAUUCCUUCCUGGUCUGCCACUCCGAUCCUUGUCGGCGCCGCUCCUUCAGCAAUUCUCAUUUCCACCUUCUGUCCAGCCCUCGCGGCUGUGAUGCUUUAUGGCAGCAUUUCAUAUGUCAAGUCUGGGUUGCGGCGAUAG